CAUCUUCAUUGUCAUUCAAUUUUGUUCGAAUUGUGAUCUAUUGAACCUACAAAUUUCCGUUCCGGUGGACAAAAGUUUCAUAUCAAAUGAUGGGUAUGGAGUACUACAAGAACGGGGGACAGCUGGAUCCGGAGCCAGGGAGGUGCAGGAGAACUGACGGGAAGAAAUGGAGGUGUAGCAAAGAGGCUUUGCCUGAUCAGAAGUACUGCGACAAGCACAUGCAUCGCGGCCGCCACCGUUCUAGAAGCGCUAAGCAAGUGGUGCUCCGACCUCCUCCUCCUCCUGCUGCCGGCGGCGGCGGCUGUGGUUCUCGGAGCAGCGGGAGUAGUAGUAGUGCUGGGAGUUGCAAUGUCGGCGGAAAAAAACAGCAUCUCCAAAGGCGCACCCUCACUGCCUUUGAGUUAGUUCUACUAGCUAGGCGGCCGGGUUCUUCCUUCUUUUCUCUUCCGUUUUUUUUCUGUUUUGGGUUUGAUUUUGCGGUGUCGACGGGUGCUGUAGCUGUUGUUGUUGGUUUUGAUGUUGUGGUAUCAAACUGAGAGACUUGUGUUGGUGUUUUUCGGCUUUCUUUCCUAUUU